CCCUGAUCAGGCGUAGAUUUUCGCUGUCAAUUGUCAAAUAGUGUCAAGUUUUGACCAGUUAUGACCUUUGUAAAUUUUACAUAAACUAUAAAAGUGGACUUUCCUUGGCAAGUGCUUUUAUGUGGUAGUUAAUGCAAAAGGACCUGUGUUCCCUGAAGAUAUCAAAUCAGAAAGCAGAGCUUUUGUUUACACCCAUAGUAGUCUACAAAGAAACACUGCAUCAAAUCCGAUGAUCGGAGUGAAAUUAAGUGACUUUCAAUUUAAAGGUUAGAUGGGGAAGAUGAAUCACGCUGUUGAAACUAGUAUCAAACAAGCUUUGUCGAAAUAUCAAAAUGCCGAAAUUACUCGCAGAGAUGUCAUUAAUGUACUGCAAAUCUACAAGGGAUUACAGCACAAAAUGGAACCUUAUGUGUUCAACGACGGAUCCCGAAAAGAGCUUCUCAACUUGCAAGGAACAAUACCUGUGACGUACAAAGGGCAUGUAUACCAUAUUCCAAUAAGUAUUUGGCUGAUGGACACGCAUCCAAACAAUGCACCAAUGUGCUACGUGACACCAACAGCUGACAUGAGUAUCAAAGUUAGCAUGUAUGUGGACCAUAAUGGCAAAAUAUAUUUGCCAUAUUUGCACGACUGGGUUCCUUUAUCUUUCCAGCACUCCUCGGACCUACUCGGUUUAAUCCAAGUGAUGAUUGUAACUUUCGGCGAUCACCCUCCAGUAUACGCAAAACCCAGAGAUACUCAGCCAUCCACGACUCCAUACCCAGUUCAACCUUAUAUGCCCUUACCUGGAGGAGGCUCUGGAGUAGGUGCAGGUCCUUAUACUCCAUUUCCCCCAGCUUCUCAGAUGGGAGGAGGUUCAGUUUACCCUCCUCCCUAUCCACCGAUGUCUGGAGGAUAUCCUUAUCCAGGAUACCAACAAUCUGGAGUCGCUUCUGGCUAUCCGCCAAACCAAGGCGGCAGUGGCAUGUAUCCACCAGCUUAUCCACCAGCAACCCAACCGUCACCAACGGUAGGUGGUGGUUCCGGAGGAUCAGGUACAAUUACAGAGGAGCAUAUCCGAGUCUCAUUGCUCUCAGCAGUAGAAGACAAAAUGCGCCGUCGCCUUCGUGAACAAUUUUCUCAAUUACAAGCCGAGCUUGAAACGUUGCGUAGGACGCAACAGGAAUUGACAAAUGGCUCGGCGCGGUUGACUGAUCUUUUUGCCAAACUGACCAAGGAGAAGACUGAACUCGAAAAGAACAUUAAUAUACUCGAAGACAAAGAGUCAGAGUUAGAAAAGGAAAUAUCCAAACUCUCAGACAAUCAAGCCAUCGAUGUCGAUGAAGCAGUCACACCGAUUGCGCCUCUGUACAAACAAAUGCUGAAUGCCUUUGCCGAGGAAGCAGCAACCGAAGAUGCAAUUUAUUACUUAGCAGAAGGACUUCGAAGUAGCAUAAUAGAUUUAGACGCAUUUUUGAAACAAGUCCGUCAGCUUUCCAGAAGACAAUUUAUGCUCAGAGCUCUCAUGUCACUGUGUCGACAGAAAGCUGGGCUCGCUGGUUGAAACCUAAUCCAAACUUGAAAUAAUGUAUCGCUUUAUGGUCUCAGUUAAUUAUUCUCUAUUUUAUGAUAAAAAAUGUAUUCAGCACAACUGAAAACUGUAUAUGUAAAAUCGCGAAAAUAUAAAUACUCUAUUAGUAAAUCAGAA